AUGGUCGGGGUCCCCGGGAGAUCCAAGGGAUGCGCAACAUGCAGGCGGCGCAAGAAGGGAUGUGAUCUCCAACGCCCGGCCUGCGGGCAGUGCCUCAAGUCGGGCCUGCAGUGCGGAGGCUACGACAGGCAGCGCAUCUUCAUCAACCACACGGCCGCUCAGCCGUCAACCCUGGCCGCCGUUGCUCCUCCGACUCGUUGCUCCGCCGUCGCACCCCCUGUGCAGUCUGUCGAGAUCCUUCUGCCCGAUGCACUCACGCGCACCGCUUACGAGCUCAAGUCGCUCGGUCUAUUUUGGGAGGCUUACUUGCCGCAAGGGAUGCCGUUUACUGCCGCCAGUGCCCAGUUGACCACCGGCGCCUGGCUGCGCAUCGUCGACUCGAUAUACCAUCGCGAACCCUCUCUCAAGCAUGCCCUGCUUGCCAUGAGCUUGGCCGUCAUCGGUCGCCAACGCGAUGAUGCCUGGAUGCUGAGCCAGGGCUACGCUUCUCACGGUGCAGCCUUGAGGGAGAUGUCUCAAGCUCUGCAAAUCCCUGCGAGAGCACCGAGAGACGAGCUCGUCGCCGCUUCAAAACUCAUGGGCCUGUUUGAGAUCCUCUUCGGUGCAGAUGACAAAGACGAUUUCGCACAAGCCCGCAGCUGGGGCAGCCAUGUCAAGGGCGAACAGCUUCUCGUUGCAGCAAGAGGUCCACAUGCACACGUGCACGGAAACGCCCAUGCUCUUUUUGUCGACGGCCGCUUCAACAUGAUGAUCCAAGCCGCGCGGUCCAGGAAGAAAACCAUGUUCAGCAACCCGGAAUGGAAAGAAAUCCCCUGGCAGGCCAUCCCGAAAACACCAAAGGACGCCCUUCUCGACAUCAUGGUAGAUAUCCCAACCCUCAUGGAGAAGCUCAACGACCUGAUCGAAGGUGAUCAUGAUGAAGACACCAAAGAGAUUCUCCGGGAAGCGCUUAUCCGGGAGUGCUGGGAUGCGGACAGACGCCUCUCCGAAUGGGCUGUGAACAUGCGGCUUGUCCUCGGCUUGAACUUGGACAGGCUCGUUCAUGUAGAGAAAUUGGGGGACCUUGCGGCUGGGCAGAUCGUCUACAUCUACUGGGCGGCCUGCAUCAUGCUAUUCAGUACCCUCCAAUCCGCCAACGCGUCGUCGUCGCGGCCGGACGCUCUCCCAGCUCGGACCGACCCACGAGUGUAUGCUCGGAAGAUUGCUCGUUCGGCGUCUUACUUCUUCAGGCCCGACGCAGGAAUCUUCGGGACGCAUGCGGCGUCAUUUCCCAUUGGCAUAGCUCUGACCGUCUUCUCUAAUGCAGGCAGCCAGGACGAGGAGGACCGCAAAUUGCUGACCAGCAUCUUCAACAUCCCCAGGGUCGGUGUCACCAUCGGUAAAUUCCUCAAAAGCAUGAGAGCCGGAUACGACACCAACCAGCGUCGAUUCUGCGGUCCGGUGUCCUUCUGA